CCCCCACAACUCUCUCUCUCUCUGUCGAUAUAUAUAUAUAUAUAUAUAUAUAUGAAACUCACUUCUGCCUGACAGCGGUGUGUGUGCAACGUAACUCAAGAGCAACGACUCAAGAUCAGCGAGCAAUCAUCACCGAAGAUGAGAACAGUCUCAUCCGGCGGUGGAAUGAAGAACAUUUCUCUGGGUUAUAUGCAGAAGGAGAUGGGUUUUCUCCAUCUGCGAUUUAUUUAUUUAUUUUAAUUGUUGAAUGAAAGUGGUCGUCCCGCACUUAUAUGACGUGGCCAGCCACAUCGGCAUCUGUGGACGGAUCUGCUCUUGCAAUGUACUCUAUAACUCUACUUGGUCAGAGGUUGUUGGUUCAAAGCAUUUUUUGUUCUUCCGGCAUUUCACGUUCCUUAUGUAGCCGUACCUAUUAUGGGGACGGUGUUGAUGAUGGGUUUGGAAUCAUAGAGGGAUCCUUAAAUGAACCUUGGAGGAGUUCAGAUAUGGAUUUUACUGAUGAAAAACCUGAGUUUGAUGAGUCACUUGGCUGUACAAGAGUGGAAAGCAGCCGUAAAAGCCAUUCUUGGGGGAAUUUCUCUGCAAGACACAGUUUUCUCGCAAAUGUGAGAGUUGAUGCUGAAAAGGUUCUUGAAAUUCUUCAGCAAGAUGGUCCUGGGUUUGAUGCGAAAGCAGCUUUAGAUGAUUUGCAAAUAAGGGUUUCCGGCCUACUUGUUAGGGAGGUUCUUUUAGGGAUUUUGAAAACAAUUAAUUAUGCAAAUAAGAACCGUUGUGCAAAACUGGGGUACAAGUUUUUUAUGUGGUCUGAUCAACAAGAGAAUUACAAGCACACUGUAAAUUCGUACCAUUUGAUUAUGAAGAUUUUUGCGGAAGCUGAGGAAUUUAAAGCAAUGUGGAGGUUAGUCGAUGAGAUGAUUGAGAAUGGUUUCCCAACCACUGCACGUACCUUUAACAUAUUGUUAUGUACUUGUGGAGAGGCGGGCUUAGCCAGGAAAGUUGUAGAGAGGUUCAUCAAGUCGAAGACAUUUAAUUAUAGGCCAUUCAAGCAUUCAUUCAAUGCAAUUCUACAUUCCCUUAUUGUAGUAAACCAGUACAAGUUGAUUGAGUGGGUAUAUCAACAGAUGUUGAUUGAAGGUCAGUCCCCUGAUAUUUUAACUUAUAAUAUACUUAUGUGUGCAAAAUAUAGGCUGGGGAAGCUAGAUCAGUUUCAUAGAUUGUUAGAUGAAAUGGGUAGAAGUGGUUUUUCACCAGAUUUCCAUACAUUUAACAUCCUUCUCCAUGUUCUUGGAAAAGGGGACAAACCGCUUGCGGCACUCAAUCUUUUGAACCACAUGAAGGAAGUAGGUUGCGAUCCAAGUGUUCUUCACUUUACAACAUUGAUAGAUGGGCUCAGCCGAGCAGGAAAUUUGGAUGCCUGCAAGUAUUUUUUUGAUGAGAUGAUCAAGCAUGGGUGCAUGCCUGAUGUGGUCUGUUACACCGUUAUGAUCACAGGGUAUAUUGUGGCGGGGGAACUUGAGAAGGCUCAAGGGUUUUUUGAUGAGAUGAUCAUCAAGAGACAGAUGCCAAAUGUAUUUACCUACAAUUCCAUGAUCCGUGGGCUUUGUAUGGCUGGAAAAUUUGAGGAGGCAUGUUUAAUGCUUAAAGAAAUGGAAUCCAGAGGCUGUAAUCCAAAUUUUCUUGUGUAUAGCACUCUAGUUAGUAAUCUGCGUAAUGCCGGAAAGCUUUCUGAAGCUCAUGAAGUGAUAAGACAUAUGGUAGAAAAGGGGCAGUACAUCCAUCUCAUUUCAAAGUUCAAAGGAUACAGGAGAUGCUGAAUUGAUAAGUUAUGUAUAAUGAGGGCGAUUCACUUGUAACUUUAUGAAUACUUGUUGACGAGCUCACUUGACAUCUGCUGCCCACUGCUCAUUGCAGAUCUCAUGUUGAUUAUAUUUGGAACUAACACUUACUUUGAAAGACUUGAGGUUACUAAUAAGCAUACCUGUUCUCCCUCCACCGAAUCCAAAUAGAAAAAAGAAAGUUUUUAUCCCUUUGUUAGCCAUCACCUCAGUUGAUGAACUAUUGAAAUGAGGCUCUCCAGUUUCUUCCUUUGAGCUAUUGUCCUUUUUAUGCUUGCAUAUUGAUUUUGAAGGCUAACAUAUAUUAAGUAAGGAGUCCUGGCUCAAGGAACAAGGAAGAGUAUUGGCCACUAGUUGUCAUGCAGAAAUUGUAACAAGUUUGGGAGUCCUCAUAAGCACUUGAGGGGCUUUCUUUUUUUUCUUCUCCAGACCUGCUGACACUAUCAAAACUCCAAGAUUGGCCCAGUCAACAUGAGAGAAAUGAGUCCAGCUAAUAUUUUUUAUAAUGAUCCAUUGGUUUUCGGCAAUAAAUCAAGAACAUAAAGAAAGAGGGAGCCAUAUUGAAGUCCUUUUUUCAUUUUUAUGGGGACAACUGUGAUGGUAGUAAUAAAAAGCACCAGGUUGUUACCCCUCGAAGGACCUAAUAACUGACUGUAUGUUAGAUAUUUCUCAAUCCAAUUUAAAUGGCGGGACAUGCCAAAUUGCAGUCAUGGAUACAGAGCAUUUGUUAGAUUCACAAUGGUUUAGAGAUGGCUGUAUACUCAUAAUGUGGCUGACCAUUGUGAAGUACAAUGAGGUUCCUUAAGCUUUGUUGAAUGUGUGGGUGCAUGUUUCCCUUGUUCAGUGGAGACCUGAACACAGUAUGGACGAUACUCAUUGCUAACUUUGUAGACUAGUUUUGAGUUGAAAGAAAGAGAGGAAGAAGAAAGGAAAGGAAGAGAGGAAGAAAGGAAAAGAAAGCUCAUCAACUUGAAGGAUUUUUGAAAGCUAUCUUAAGGUACGUUUAAGCUUUCUCUGCAGUUCUCAGAAGAUUACCCGAACAAGCCACCAACGGUCCGUUUGUGUCACGGAUGUUCCAUCCAAAAAUCUCCGGAAUCAAUCAGUCUAUGCAGACGUGAGUAUAUGCUUGGAUAUUUUACAGAAUCAGUGGAGUCCUAUAUAUGAUGUGGCAGCUAUACUCACUUCUAUACAGUCACUGCUUUGUGAUCCAAACCCGAAUUCCCCCGCAAAUUCUGAAGCAGCUCAUAUGUUCAGGGAAAAAAAACCUGAAUUGUGGGGCAGAGCUGGACUGCUGACUAAAAGACCAAUUAAAAGCAUCACCCCCGCCCACCAAACCAAAAAUAAAGUCAGGAAGUGGUGGUAGUGGUGGCUUCUGCAAACCUUUGUGCUUAAUUAUGUAACAUGCUUUGUGUGUAUUGCUUUUAGAGAAUUGCUUUGAAGGAGUUGUUUCUGCUUUUAGAAAGCUCUGGUUGAAGUCUUGAUACUCCACUCCUGAUUCUUCUUUUUCAUCAAGUUUCAUUUGUCCAUCCAGUUUGUAGCCAUUUGUAUAGGAAGUAUUGUUGUGUCAUCUUGAACCAUUGGCAGUGGGGUUACUACUUGGCUUGGGGGCAAUCAGAAAGAGCUUUUCUAGUGUAAUGAUGAUUUAAACAGUAUUUGAUCAAUAAGAGAGCUUUUCUCCAA